UACCCUCCAAAUAUAAGGAUGCCGAACUGGGGAGGCGGAGCCAAAUGCGGUGCCUGUGAGAAGACAGUGUACCACGCUGAGGAAAUCCAGUGCAAUGGAAGGAGCUUUCACAAGACGUGCUUCCUCUGUAUGGCUUGCAGAAAAGCUCUGGACAGUACCACAGUAGCAGCUCACGAAUCUGAAAUCUACUGCAAAACUUGUUACGGGAGAAAAUACGGUCCCAAAGGCAUUGGCUUCGGACAAGGGGCGGGAUGUCUCAGCACUGAUACUGGUGACCAUCUGGGCUUGAAUCUGCAACAGGGGUCACCAAAGCCUGCUCGCCCUUCUACACCAACUAAUCCUUCAAAGUUUGCCAAAAAGAUGGUAGAUGUGGAUAAAUGUCCCCGUUGCGGCAAAUCAGUGUAUGCUGCAGAGAAGAUCAUGGGAGGAGGAAAACCUUGGCACAAGACGUGCUUCCGCUGUGCUAUCUGUGGGAAGAGUUUAGAAUCUACAAACGUUACAGACAAAGAUGGAGAGCUCUACUGUAAAGUUUGCUAUGCAAAAAACUUUGGUCCCAAAGGAAUUGGGUUCGGUGGCCUGACUCAAGUGGAAAAGAAAGAGUUUUUUUAAUGAGAAGAAAAGGAUGAAAUAAACUGCUGUGGAUGCCACCAAGUGAUAGCUGUCAAGUAAAACAUUACAUGUCACAUAUUGCUAAGAACCUAGGGCAUUUGUUUAAUAUUUUCCACCUUGCAGGAAAAACUUGUGAAUAUUUCUGAAGAAAACCAAUAUUUUCAUAGAAUACGGUGUUACAAGUUUUGGUAAUGUAUGUUUUCAAGCUACAAUAAAGUA